AUGGCUUCUAUCGCGAGAGGCCGGCCAUCGCGACGCUCAGCGGCUCGCAAGAGCCUGAUUGUCGAUGAAAUUUCCGAAGAAGAAGAUGCCGGCAAUAUCACACCCACGCCGUCCCACUCCAACGUCGGUGAAGACGACGAGGACGAAGAGGACAACACACCCGUCCCGAAGAAGGUGCUCCCGCGACGAGGAGGUCGCCGCAAAAUUUCAGAUGUCCCAGCCGUCCAGCCUCCAAAGCGCGCUGCUAGAGGCGGCCGGAGAGGCAGGUCGGCGAAGCCAGAACCGACCCCAGAACCGGAGCCAGAAUCGGCACCAGAAACGGAAGUAGAGCAGGAACCGUCACAAAUCGCCCAGACCGUGGAGGAGGAAGAGGAGGAAGAGGAGGAGCCCACGGUCUUGGCAGAACAGGAAGAGCCUGAAUCGCCCUCUGAGAAGGUCCAGGCAGCUCAGAAGAGAAAGAGGGCAGCAAGUUCCCGUAAGAGCCGUGAUUCAGCGACGCCUGCUGCAGAACUGUCCUCACUUCCUACUCCUUCUCCUUCAGCAUCGCCCGAAGCAUCCCCACGAACGCGCCGAGAAUUCAACAGCCCCCUCACCGACAUCACACACUCCGCUGUGAACAAGUCGUCUCCCGCGCCCAGCAAGUCCGAACAUGAUGACCAGAAGUCUCAGAUUUCCAUCAUAAACCCGAUGUCAACCAAUCUGGAAAAGCCAAUGGACAUUGUCCUCAAAUCGCGUACAUUGGGAGUUCCCGUCGCCGAGGAGCCCACUGCCCCUCGCCAACGCAUGGUAAUUACGCAUCUUGUCCUUACAAAUUUUAAGAGUUACGCUGGCAGACAAAUUGUCGGUCCCUUUCAUGCAUCCUUUUCUUCCGUCGUUGGCCCCAAUGGAUCCGGAAAAUCCAACGUCAUCGAUUCGCUCCUGUUUGUGUUUGGUUUCCGUGCCAGCAAAAUGCGGCAAGGCAAGAUAUCCGCCCUGAUUCACAACUCUGCCCAAUUCCCAAACUUGCCCUACUGUGAAGUCGAAGUUCAUUUCCAAGAAGUUAUGGAUAUGCCGGGAGACGUUCACAAGAUUGUCCCAGAAUCGCAGUUGGUCGUGACGCGACGAGCUUUCAAGAACAACUCCAGUAAAUACUACAUGAACAGCAAGGAGGCCAAUUUCACAACAGUCACAACAUUCCUAAAAGAACGCGGCAUCGAUUUGGACCACAAGCGAUUCCUGAUCUUGCAGGGUGAAGUCGAAUCGAUCGCGCAGAUGAAGGCUAAGGCUGCCAAUGAUCAUGAAGACGGACUCUUGGAGUAUCUCGAGGACAUUAUCGGGACAUCCAAAUACAAGGCGCCAAUUGACGAAGCGGCAACCGAGGUCGAAACGCUGAAUGACGUUUGUGUGGAGAAAAACAACCGUGUCCAGCAUGUCGAGAAAGAAAAGACUGGUCUGGAAGACAAGAAGAAUAAAGCUCUCGCUUAUAUGCGUGAUGAGAACGAUCUGGCUGUCAAGCAGUCUGCUUUGUAUCAAAUCUACAUGGCAGAAUGCGAGAACAACACCAGGGUCACAGAAGAAGCCAUUAUGCAGAUGCAAGAGUUGCUCAACAUGGAACUCGAGAAGCACGAAGGCAACGAAUCCGGGAUUAAGGAACUUGAAAAAGUCUACAAGCGCACUGUAAAAGAAUACGAGUCAAUGGACAAAGCGACACAGGCGAUGGUCAAGGAAAUGGCCAAAUACGACAAAGAGACUGUCAAGUUUGACGAGAAGAGGAAGUUCCUGGCUGGAAAACAAAAGAAGCUCGAAAAGACCUUGCAGACUAGCCGCUUGGCAGCCUCAGAGUGCAACAGUCUCGUUGAAAAACAUGCGUAUGAUAUCGAGAAAAAGUCCGCCGAGAUUACGCAGCUCGAGGAUGAGAUGAAAGUUGAAGAAGAGGAACUCGCUUCGAUUCGUGAAAGCCUCAAAGGCAAAACGGAAGGGCUUUCAGACCAAAUCACAAUAAAACAAAAGUCUCUCGAACCGUGGAACGCCAAAAUCAACGAUAAGCUUUCAGCCAUUGCUGUAGCACAGAGUGAACUCGACAUCCUCAACGAGAAGAGCAAUGCUGGUGCCAAGGCCCUCGAGGAGGCCCAAGCUAGGAUCGCUUCAAUCGAAGAGAGCCUCGCCAGCAAGGAAGCAGAUCUCGAGGAAAAACGCCAAGACAAGACUGAACUUGAGGCUGAAGUCGAAUCCCUCAAAGGGGAAUACAAGAAACUGUCCCAGAAAGAGCCCGAAUUUCGCUCGCACGUUUCCAAUGCUCGACAAAAAGCAGAGGAGGCUCGCGCUAGCCUUGCUAGCACACAGAACCGUGGCAGUGUACUUUCCGGUCUAAUGCGACUCAAGGAAUCCGGUCGUAUUGAUGGGUUCCAUGGCAGACUGGGAAACCUUGCAACAAUCGACGAGAAAUACGACGUGGCCAUAUCCACUGCCUGUCCUGCUCUUGAGAACAUGGUGGUCGAUACUGUAGAAGUCGGUCAACAAUGCAUUGAUUACCUGCGAAAGAACAAUCUUGGUCGCUCAAACUUUAUCCUUCUCGACCGUCUUCCGAAGCGAGACACGUCUUCUAUCUACACCCCUGAAAGUGUCCCACGACUCUUUGACUUGAUCAAGCCAAAGGAGCCCCGAUUCGCUGCUGCCUUUUACAGCGUGUUGCAAAACACGUUGGUUGCCAACGACCUACAACAAGCGAACCGAAUUGCAUAUGGUGCUCGACGGUGGAGAGUCGUCACACUUGACGGACAACUUAUCGACAUGUCUGGUACUAUGAGCGGUGGAGGAACCCGUGUUGCAAAGGGCGGCAUGUCUUCCAAACAAGUGGCCGAGACGUCCAAAGAGCAAGUGGACAAACUCGAGCACGACCGCGAUGAUAUGGAGAAGAAGCUUAAAGCAUUCCAGGAAAAGCAACGUCAACUCGAGUCUUCUAUCCGACAAAAGUCUGAUGAAAUCCCUCGACUUGAAACUCAGAUUCAGAAGAUUGGAAUUGAGAUCGAGAGUGGCAAGCGCAGUCUUGCGGAUGGCCAGCGCCGUGUCAAAGAGUUGAGUGUUGAGCAUAAGCCAUCCAAGUCUGAUGAGAGUCGUGUACAAGCCCUGGAGGAGCAGAAGGCCUCUUUGCAAGACGAAGUUGAUAACUUCCGCGGCGAUAUGGCUGGUAUCGAGGAAGAGAUCCAAGAGCUGCAGGCCAAGAUUAUGCAAGUGGGCGGUGUACGCCUGAGGAGCCAGAAAGCCAAGGUCGACGGCCUGAAGGAACAGAUCAAUCUUCUUUCGGAGGAAAUUUCUAAUGCAGAGAUUGCAAAGUCGAAGAACGAAAAGCUGAUUAAGAAACAUGAAAAGGCGCGGCUGGAGGCAGAGAAGGAAAGCGAGCAACUGGAUACGGAAAUGGAGAAACUUGACGAAGACGUCAAGAACCAGGCAGAUGACGCUUCAGGGUCCAGACAGAAAGCAGAGGAGGCUCAAGAGGCGCUUGAGACGAAACGUGGCGAGCUGAAAACAUUAAAACAGGAUCUCGACGAGAAGACUGCUGAGCUAAACGAGACCCGAGCUCAGGAGAUCGAGAUGCGCAAUAAACUGGACGAGAAUCAAAAGAUCCUGGCCGAAAACUAUAAACGCAGCCGGUAUUGGGAAGAGAAACUGAGUAAACUGACGCUACAGAAUGUAAGUGACCUGGGAGACGAACAGGAAGUUCCCGAGUUACAAACAUUCACUGCGGAUGAACUCGAGGACAUGAACAAGGAAUCUCUCAAAGCAGUCAUUGCAGCACUCGAGGAGAAGACGCAGAAUGCGUCUGUCGAUCUCUCGGUGGUUGAAGAGUAUCGUCGCCGAGUGGCCGAGUACGAGUCUCGAUCAGCAGACCUCAACGAGGCACUCGCUGGACGUGAUGCCGCCAAGGCACGUUUGGAUAGUCUUCGAUCGUCUCGUCUGACGGGCUUCAUGGAAGGCUUCAGCACCAUUUCCCUUCGCCUGAAGGAGAUGUACCAGAUGAUCACCAUGGGCGGAAACGCUGAAUUGGAACUUGUCGACUCUCUCGAUCCGUUUUCGGAAGGCAUUCUGUUCUCCGUCAUGCCCCCGAAGAAGAGCUGGAAGAACAUUAGCAAUUUAUCUGGUGGUGAAAAGACGCUGUCUAGUCUGGCUCUGGUGUUUGCCCUCCACCAUUACAAGCCCACACCUCUUUAUGUGAUGGACGAAAUCGACGCUGCUCUUGAUUUCCGAAAUGUCUCGAUCGUUGCGGCAUACAUUAAAGAGAGGACCAAGAAUGCCCAGUUUAUUGUCAUUUCCCUCCGCAACAACAUGUUUGAACUUGCUUCUCGCCUUGUGGGUGUAUACAAAGUCAACCAUAUGACCAAGAGUGUAGCGGUGGAGAAUCUUCCUUACAUCACCGGGCGGUCGACAACGACAGUCCCUAUGACGCAGUCAUGA